GCAACAGAAAGGUUCUUCAUUUCUGGGUAAAGUGACCCAAUGUUUGAUUGAACAUCUUGGAAGGCAACUGAGAAUGACAAAGAGAACGAUGAGGCGAAAAGAUAAGAUAAACCCUACGCGGCCAAGCGGUAUCUGGUGUGGGUGAUUCCAAGUAUGAUCAUUAUCCAUUUCUCCAAAAGUCAAUUUCAAUCAUGUGGAAGACGGCUUCGAGAUACUUUGACAGCAAAACGUCACAUGCCAACAUCGCUAUUAGUUCGUUUUUAUUGACUUUUUGUCGCAAAAUAUCCCGUGGAAGAUUCAUUUUGAUACGCAGAAAAUGUACGCUGUCCAAGAGGAGAUGCCCAUAACCCGUUCAACGUAUUGCUUACAAGAAGAGCACUUGAAUUUGCAUUCUCUUGAUUCUUCAAUUUUCUUUUCAUUAUCAAGUGCAUUCUAAUAAACACAACAAUUAGGGAUCUCGUAAUGGCGAUUGAAAGAAUUCUUAUGAACGGUGUAACAGAAAUACUGCAGAAAUUGGUCCCUGUUGUUGCGCAAGAGAUUGGUUCGGCUUGGGGCGUCAAAGAUGAGUUAAAAAAGCUUCAAAGAACCUUAGAGAUGAUUCUUGCUGUGAUAGCUGACGCUGAGAGGAAGCAGGUGACGGAUGAAGCUGUAAGACUUUGGCUGAGAUGGCUAAGAGACGUUGUGUAUGAUGCUGAUGAUGUGAUGGAUGAGUUUUCCUACGAAACCAUGCGCCUGCGCGAAAGAAACAGUUUAAAGCAUAAGGUUCGUGAUUUUGUUUCCUCUUCCAACCCACUGGUUUUUCGUUCCAAACUGGCUAGUCAAAUCAAAGGGAUUAACAACAAAUUGGAUCAAAUUACCAAAGAUAUGGAUAGGUUUCAUUUGAAAACUAUUAUUCCUAGCAGUGCUCACGGCCAGGAAAAUAUCGAGCGGCGAAGCCGACAAACCACAUCAUUUGCAAACCAGUCACAAAUUGUAGGAAGGGAGGGUGAUAAAGAUAAACUUAUAAAAAUAUUAACAACAGUCACCACUGCAUCCUCCUCGACAUCAUUAAGCAAUAACUUGGAGAAGGAACUUCCUGUGGUAUCUAUAGUGGGGAUGGGAGGCCUGGGAAAGACGACACUUGCUCAGCUCGUUUACAAUGAUGAUUCGGUAAAUCGGUACUUUGAACCAAAAAUAUGGGUUUGUGUUUCGGAUGAUUUCGAUGUUUAUAGGCUUUUAUCAUACAUCAUGGAGUCCAUAACACAGGAAAAAUUCAGUGAUUUAUCAAACUUCGAUGUUCUGGUGCGCAAAGUUCGUGAACAGUUGGCUGAGAAAAGGUUUUUGCUAGUCCUCGAUGACCUUUGGAAUGAGGAUGCCGAGCAAUGGGGGAGAUUGCAGAGCUCAUUGACUGUUGGAGCCGAAGGGUGUAAAAUACUAGUAACUACGCGUAAAAGGCAGGUUGCGGAUGUCGUGAAGGGAAGUAUUUCUCCGUACUUCUUAGAAAAAUUACGAGCAGAUGAAUGCUGGUCUAUCAUGGAGAGAAAAGCCUUUUCUCCUGGUGGAGCACUAAAGACUCCAAAUAUGGAUAACAUCGGAAAAGAGAUAGCUAAUAAAUGCAGUGGUUUACCACUAGCAGCGAAGUUUCUCGGGAGUCUAAUGCACUCGAAAAAUAAAGAGAGCAAUUGGUUAUCUAUUAGAGACGACGAUAUGUGGAAUGGGCCUGCUGAAAGCAAAAUAAUACCAGUAUUAAAAUGUAGUUACGAUAACUUGUCACCUCAUUUGCAGCGGUGUUUCUCCUACUGCUCAAUAUUUCCCAAAGAUCGGGAGUUAAGCAAGCAGACUCUUAUUCAACUAUGGAUGGCCGAAGGAUUCCUGCAGCCUUUUAACGAUUGCUCGUUUGAGGACGUUGGAGACGAGUACUUUGAAAGCUUAAUGUGGAGCUCAUUUUUCGAUGGGGUGGAAAAGAAUGAGUUAGAUGAUGUUAUGACGUUCAAGAUGCAUGAUCUUGUCCAUGAUCUCGCGCAGGCUGUUGUUGGAGAUCAUGAAUGCUUGACUGUCAAGGUAACUGAUCAGUUGGAAAAAAUUUCUGAAGUUCGCCGCUUAAACUUAAUAAUGGAUAAAGAAUUCUCAGCAAGCUCCAAAUUCAUAAGCAAUACAAAGCUGCGAACAUUUAUUGUUCUUGAACGGAAUUACGAUUCGGACCUCCGCGGAAUUACAAGUAAUAAGCACUUGCGGGUUCUCCAUUUGGGUGACCGGGGUAAAGACCGUUCGAGGAUCGAAUAUACGACUUCAAAGUUGAGGCAGUUAAGGUACUUCUACAUUUCCUAUACAGUAUUACUUGGUUUUGGUUUGGGUGAUGAUUUAAUCCGUAGGCUUUACAAUUUGCAGACAUUGGUAUUAAGUGGGUGUACCCUAGUUCCAGAUUUUGUUAAAAAGAUAGGAUUUUCAAAACACCUUAGACACCUCGAUAUCUCGUUUACAGAUAUUGAAGAAUUACCUGAUUCUGUUACCAGCCUCCAAAGUUUGCAAAGAUUAGAUCUCAAUAAUUGCAAAAAAUUUACCCACUUUGCAGACUCUGUCACCGGGUUAAGCCAUCUAAAAUAUCUUGAUAUGUCUUGUACACUUAUUGAAAAAUUACCUGGUUUUGUCACUAGCCUUCGCGAUUUGCAUACCUUAGAUGUCAGUUCGUGUAAAUAUUUGAAAGCAUUACCCGAAUAUGUGGCAGGUCUUAGGAAUUUGAGAAUUUUUAAUUUCAAAAACUGCCCCUGGCUAGAAACAUUACCCAAAGAUUUUGGAGCUUUAACCCAGUUAAGAUCCCUUAACUUAGAUGGUACUCGGAUCAAAGUACUACCAGAGUCUUGCAUUUACCUCAGAAAUCUUGAGUAUGUGCAUCUUUUCCAAUGCCAGCUUCCCAAUGAGGUAACACAUUGGGUGAAACUGAGAAAGUUUUACUACACAAACAGCAAAACACCAAUGGGUAUAGGAAAACUAACUUGGUUGCAAGAAUUGAUGUACGAUGUGCGGGAAAAAGUCAUCAACAACGAGCCGGAAUGUAAUGAUGGUAUUGAAGAGUUAGCAAACCUGAACUUUCUUGAGAUGCUAAGCAUCGCGAAUCUACAGAACGUGAAAGACCCGGUUGAUGCAGAGAGAGCGAAUUUGAAAGGAAAACAGAAUCUUAUUCAAUUGGAACUAUAUUGGGAAUGCGGCGAAACAGAAGAAGAUUUGAGCAAGAGUUGGUGGGAUGAGAAGUCGUGUAAUUUUCAAGUAUUUGAAGCUCUCCAACCUCCCCCGAGUUUGACAUAUUUACAGAUACAGAAAUUCAUGGGGCGUGAAUUUCCCACCUGGAUGUGUGAUCCAUCUGGUCCUCUUCUUACUUUGGAGCAUUUGGUGCUGCAAAACUGCAAAGGCAUGAAACAACUUCCAGCAGCUAUUCGGAAGCUACCACGUCUAUGGCGUAUUGAGCUUGAAGGAAUGUCUAUGAGGAGUUUGAACAUUGGCGGAUUUCCUGCCUUGACUAGACUCGACCUUACUGAUAUGUUGGUUUUAGAAGAAUUGUGUGAUUCAUAUCCUUCAUGUCUUGAGGAUCUGAAUAUUAAUGGAUGCAGAAGUUUAAAAGAAAUCCCUUCGCUUCCUCUUCUGAUGAGUUUGGUACUAGAAAAGACAAGCCACGACUUAGUAAGCUCAGUUGGUAGAAGCCAGACAUCUCUGACGCAGCUAUUUCUGGAGAAUAUUGAGGAGCUUACAUACUUCCCAUUAAGCAUACUCGUAAACAACUGCAAUCUUCGAAUUCUGCAAAUUGAAAACUGCAAUCAGUUCCAAGGCUUUGCUAUAAAUGAUGAUGAGAAUGAGAGUGUGGCUCCUCUGCUUGCACCUGAUCACUAUAGUGGUUUUCAGAAUUUGGAACUCAUUGGUUGCCCGGUUCUUAAGUUUCUUCCAGAUUUACGAGGAUGGACUUCUCUUGAGAGAUUGCUCAUCUUCAAGUGCCCGCAGGUGGAGGGGUGUUUAACCUAUGAUCUCAAAUCCCUCUCCUUUCUUAAACUACUGUUUGUUGAUUAUAUUCAAGAACGCGAGCAGCAGCGAGGAUAUCCACUGCUUUACACUGAUUUGAUUAGUUUGGUGGUGGAUUACUAGGAAUCUCGUAUCAUAACCGAAGCUGAUUAAAAACAUUUCCUCAUGCCAAAUGUCUUGCGGGGAAAUUUAUUCAAUUGAGGUCAUGCGUGAAUAUGGUGCCUAAAGAGGGACACGCACACGACGUACAUGUGUGAACGGCGUCCUGUCAUUGAAACCCCAUUCCAUCUUCUAUUUCAGCAUGCAGCUGAAUAGUGCAAUAAGCGGACUACAUGACAAGGCCCAAAGGAGCGGAUUUAAUUGAUCGGGAGCCUGGUUUGGGUAGAAAAGAAGAGCAUAUUGAUCACUCGAAGGAUACGAAAUGAAAUAAUUAUGACAAUUGGUUGGCACUACAAAUUCCCAAGGGUCUGCGCUGCAGCCGUGUAUAUCGCUUAGUUUUAUCCUUGAAACUUUUAAAGUUUAUAAAUACUGCCACCAAUCUGACUUGAUCCUUACAAUGAAAUGUUAUCCUAUUUUGCACAA